AUGGCGCCAAUGUCCACGGCCGCAAUGACAACCGCUGGCGUUAAUAGCGCCAAUGUCAGUUCUCGCAACUCGCCGGCCACAGCAUCGUCGGCGACCCAGUCAUCGUCAAGGCCGAAGCGCAAAGUGAACACAAAUGGCUAUCAUCCCGCCAAUUCACAGAUCCCUUUGAGCUCGAUGGCUAGCACGGGGCUGGAUCUCACCUCGGUCGAACGGCGCGGUCAGCCGACGGCGGUGCGCGAGUCUCUGCAGAAAAAGUCACGUCCCCACGGCACUUCCGAGGCACCCACCUACUGUCCGACCGAGGAGGAGUGGCGAGAUCCGUUGGAGUAUAUGAAGAAGAUUACGCCUGAAGCCUCGCAGUAUGGUAUAUGCAAAAUAAUUCCGCCAGAUUCAUGGAAUCCUGAUUUUGCCAUUGACACAGAGAAAUUUCACUUCCGAACUAGAAAACAAGAGCUCAAUUCUGUGGAGGGAAGCACUCGAGCAAGCCUCACCUAUCUUGAUGGUCUUUCCAAAUUCCACAAACAGCAAGGGAGCAAUUUACACCGAUUACCAUAUGUUGAUAAGAAACCACUAGACUUGUACCGCCUAAAGAAAGCCGUUGAAUCACGUGGCGGCUUCGACAAAGUCUGCAAGUUGAAAAAAUGGGCCGAAAUUGGACGAGAUCUGGGCUACAGCGGCAAGAUCAUGUCAUCGCUGUCAACUUCCUUGAAGAAUUCAUACCAACGAUGGCUCUGUCCGUAUGAGGAAUAUCUACGACUUGCCAAACCAGGUGUGCAUCAGCAGCUAGAACAAGAAUACGGCGGACCAUUAACGCCUAGCCCGGCCAACACCCCAGCCAAGAAAUCUCAUGUGAACACGCCAUCCAGCACGAAAGGCGACUCACCAGCCAGACAGGCAUCAGAUGCCUCGCAGGGCAGUCUGAAUGGCUCAAAAAGGGGGGCCGAUCGCGACACCACUAUGCUCGAUGCCCCGCCACCAGCUCCUACGCCCCCUUCGACGGGAGGGUUCAAGGCCAUCAAUUCCAGCGCAUUCACUCCAGUGAACGCCGCCUCGAAAUCUGCCAACGGUGAAGCCAGAAACACGCCAGAUUUCAAACAACUCGGCAGCCCGGCGGCUUCCGCUAGCAAUACACCCGACCCUCGAGGGUCUGGCCUGAAUCUCACUGCUUCCCUGAAACGCCAAGUCGGAGACCCGACCGACACGGCCAAGAAGGAUGUGGACACGGAUAUGGAAGAUGGUGAAGGCAGCAGCAGACGUAGUAAACGCAUCAAACGGGAACCUGUGCCUACGGUUGCUGGCUCUCACAUGACACCCUUCCGGCCAUCUAUUCCACGAAUUCCGAAAGACGAGACCAUGCCUUCGGGAGAGCGGUGUGAAAACUGUGGCCGUGGAGAGGGUAAUGGGGCUCUCCUUGUCUGCGAAUCAUGUGAUAAUGCUUAUCAUGGACCUUGUCUGGACCCCCCAGUGAAGCGCAGGCCUGAUUCAGAAUGGAAUUGCCCGAGGUGUCUUGUAGGCGACGGCCAGUUCGGCUUCGAAGAGGGCGGUCUUUACUCGUUGAAACAAUUUCAACAAAAGGCAAACGACUUCAAGCAGGGCUAUUUUGAAAAGAAGAUGCCCUUUGAUCACACGCUCAACUGUCUUCGGCCUGUCACCGAGGAGGAUGUUGAAACUGAGUUCUGGCGGUUGGUUGCAGAUCUCGAAGAAACCGUGGAAGUUGAAUAUGGUGCGGAUAUACAUUGUACUACGCAUGGCUCGGGUUUUCCCACCUUGGAAAGGAACCCAAACAACCCAUAUGCCUCCGAUCCUUGGAAUCUCAAUAUUCUUCCCCUUCACCCCGAGAGUCUUUUCCGGCACAUCAAAUCUGACAUUUCUGGCAUGACGGUGCCCUGGGUGUACGUGGGCAUGAUUUUUUCUACGUUUUGCUGGCAUAACGAAGAUCACUAUGCCUACUCUGCCAACUACCAGCACUUUGGAGCAACGAAGACGUGGUACGGCAUUCCAGGAGAGGAUGCAGAGAAGUUCGAGGCGGCCAUGAGGGAAGCCGUUCCCGAGCUGUUUGAAACACAGCCAGAUUUAUUGUUCCAGCUUGUCACAUUGCUCACCCCCGAGCAACUGAAAAAGGCUGGGGUGAGAGUUUAUGCUCUUGACCAACGCGCAGGUCAAUUCGUCAUUACAUUUCCACAGGCAUACCAUGCCGGAUUUAAUCACGGGUUCAAUUUUAAUGAAGCAGUUAAUUUCGCACCAUUUGAUUGGGAACCAUUUGGACUUGCAGGAGUCGAACGACUACAACUCUUCAGGAAACAACCCUGCUUCUCGCACGACGAACUUUUAUGGACCGCUGCGGAUGGAAAUACAACGGCGGGCUUAUCCAUCCAGACAGCCAAGUGGCUGGGGCCUGCAUUGGACUGCAUUCGAAAACGUGAGCAGGCACAACGAGCGGAGUUCCUGGCUAAACAUGUAGAAGCUUGUCCCCAUAAGUGCCCCAUUACCGGCUCCGUGGAAGACGACAGCGGCUGUCCCCUGACUUUCAAAGUCGAAGAUCAUGACGUUCUCGAGGAAGAGGAGCAGUGUUGUGCUUACUGCAAAGCAUUUGCGUUUCUGUCCAGGCUCAAGUGCGGACGCACCGGCAAAACAGUCUGCAUCUUGCACGCAGGGUCUCACCCGUGUUGCGACCUGACCGAAGAGCAGCGUCUUGCCGGCGAAGACCACACCUUGUUCUACAGAGUUACCGGCGAGGCCAUGGCUGCCGUAUAUGAGAAGGUAAUUGAGAAGGCGCGGACGCCGGAACUGUGGGAAGACAAGUACGCCAAAUUGCUUGACGAUGAAACAAACCCGUCGCUAAAGUCUCUUCGAGCUCUCCUCCACGAAGGCGAACGGGUUCCCUUUGAUCUUCCAUCCCUACCUAUUUUGAAAGAAUUCGUCGAUCGAUGCAACGACUGGGUUGAAGAGGCCACGAACUAUAUUGUGCGUAAGCAACAAAACCGCCGAAAGAACGAAAAGGCUUGGCAGAGUGGCAUGCGCAAAUCAAUUGGUAGCGCAUAUCAAGACCAAAAAGAGCGCGAGUCCCGCAAUGUGAGCAACAUUGAUCGCCUGCUCCGCGAAGCAGAACACAUUGGAUUUGAAUGUCCCGAGAUUGGUCAACUGCAGGAGCGAGCUACAGCCAUUAAGGAAUUCCAGCUCAACGCAGCUCGAGCCCUCGAGAAUACGGCCACCAUCUCCAUGGAGACCAUUGAAGAGUUGCUUGAGGAAGGCCGGAGCUUCAAUGUGGACACACCUGAAGUCGAUCGUCUCUCCAGAGUCUUGGAGCAGAUGCGGUGGAAUCAGAAGGCUCGUUCAAGCCGCGGCUUGUUCCUGUCGCUAAAAGACGUCACGGAGCUGAUUGAGGAUGGCAAGCGACUUGGGGUCCCCGGUUACAACGACCAUGUCAAGUUUUAUUCUGACCAGAAGCUAGCUGGUGAGACUUGGGAAGCCAAGGCAAAGGAGCUUAUCCACGCCGCCGUCGUGCAUUACCCGCAGCUGGAGGCGCUUUCCAACCAAGUUCAGGCAAACGCCCUCCCUGUGUCUCACGAAACCCUCGCUGAAGUCGACAGGAUUCUACAUAAGCAGCGCGAGGCACAUCGCCAGAUUAUGGACAUUACCGAGCGCUGCCGAAGCACAGAAUUCAGGAAGAGGCCCAAGUACGCAGAGGUUGUGGACAUAAUAAAAAACGUUGAUGAGCUCAACUCGAAACCAACCGGCACAAUCGACCUCGAAAAUGAACGCAAGCGUCACGAAGAUUGGAUGCGUAGGGGAAAGAAAUUGUUCGGGAAGUCAAAUGCCCCUCUUCAUAUUCUAAAGAGUCAUCUCGACUAUGUUCUGGAACGCAAUAUGGACUGUUUUGAUGUGGACAAGGACACACCGCGCCAACCCGCUGAACCAGUUUCUCGCGAAGUAACCCCUGAGCAGACGGGUACGCGUUUUGAAGAUCGCACCAGGCAAGUAUUUUGCAUCUGUCGAAAGGUGGAGGCUGGCAUGAUGAUUGAGUGCGAACUGUGCCAUGAGUGGUAUCACUACAAAUGCUUGAAGAUUGCCCGUGGCAAGGUCAAGGAGGAUGACAAGUACACCUGCCCCAUUUGCGAUUGGCGAACGAAGAUUCCUCGCGACGCAGCCCGCCCAAAAUUGGAGGAUCUUAUUAGUUUAACAGAUGAGAUUCCUCAAUUGCCAUUCCAGCCAGAGGAGGAGGAUGUCUUGAACCGCAUCAUUGACAAUGCCCAAUAUUUUCGCGACCACAUUGCACGGCUGUGUAAUCCAAUCGUUUCGACAGAAGCCGAGCUGGAGACACAGCGGUUCUACCUUCGAAAGCUUGAAGGCGCCGAAGUACUCCUUUCGUAUGAGACGAAUUUCUUCCGUCAGGAAUUGCACAAGUGGUGUCCAGUCGCUCCAGAGCCGCCACCCAUUCUUGAAGUCUCUCUCAGCACACGCAAACCACGUCCAACCAAGCUACAGAAGAUGUUGGCCGAGUACGGUGUCGAUAAUCCCGACGACCUACCUGAGCAUGCCAAAGGUAAAGCAAACAGUUUGCGGCGCAAGGCGGCAAACGCUGAGGCGGCGGCGGCGGCGGCGGCGGCAGCAGCUGCUGCUGCCGCUGCCGCACAAAAUCUCGGCGCAGCGCUGUUGCCCCCGUCGGGCAGUUCUGCAUAUGGUGGGCCGACAUUUUACGUUGGAUCGGGCGGAAACGCCAGCUCAGCCAGCUCCCCCCGCGGACAUCUGAAUCACCCGGGGAUCUCCUCAAACGAGGAUCGAGCCAGAGCGGACCCUACCGAUGUGGGAAGCGGCCUGCAGGCGGGGCUCCUUGGCUCCAGGGUCCCCAUCUUUACGAAUAACAUGACUGUCGGCUUGGAAGAAGGGCUGGUUCGGGGCCUACCGGAAGAGGAUGUUGACCUAGAAAGUGAUAAUGGUAAGAGGGAGGCGCUUGAAAUCCUCGGUCGUACAGCAAGGGGCCGCAAAGAAGCCGAGCAGAUCUGGGGUUCAGACGUUUGGGGCCCCAAACGAGCUUCAAUAAGUCAGAGCAGACGCUCAGUCACCCCAAUUGAGGUUGAUGAGACGUCCAGACAGGACGAGGGAAGCGUGGAGCAAAUGUUCAAAGAAAUGACGAACCAAGAAGAUGACGAAGUGGGCAAGAAAAAGGACAAUGACAAUACAACAGAGACGGUGACUGCAGAAUCACUCGAGAGCGAAAGAAAUGACCUCGAUGCAAUGAUAGAUGGAGAAUAG